AUGGGGAACUUUCCUUUCCUUCAGAAACCCUCGCCAAAUGCCUUCCAGGAGGCGCGAGGUGUGCCCAACAGUUGGGUUUUAGUGAAAAAGGCGGCCGAGGAUCUCUUCUCCGUACAGAUGACACAAAGGAUGUCUCAUGAAAGUGGGCAAGAAGGCCGAUCAGUCCUAGGAAUGUUGGCAGUGCAGGUGGAGAGAGACCCAAAGACCGGAGCCACCUCGGUCAGGUCAGUGGCCCCCGUGGCCGUGCCGUCCGGCGCGCCCACGGCCGCCACCGUCUACGACGACGGCAGGAAGAGCAUCCGCGCCGUGGGCGGCUCGGGGAGCCAACCCUCGAGUGAAGAGCUCGGCCAGAUCCUCAGCAUCGUCGACGGGGUCGGGAUGAAAGCGCUGCUGGACAAAGUCACGGUCACGCCAAACGCCGCCGAGACAAAGACGGAGAAGGCGGACGCCGACAGACAUCCGGAGGGAAAUGUCUCGUCUUCUUCGACCUUCCACGCCACGGCAAAGGAAGACAGAUCGCAGCUGGACAGUUCUGGAAGUUACGACUUGGAAGCCGGGCUGGGGAUUCAGGACUGGGCUGCAGAUGACAGAAGCAUGCCGGUGGUCAGAGACCUUGCAGGAGAAGUUGAUAACAUGGAGGACCUGAGUUUGGACGAAGGCCCGGUCACUCUGGUGUUCCUGGGUUACGCCGACGGUGACGGAGUGGACGGCCGAGACAACGACGAAGGCAUGCUCACAGCGGAGCGAGUGAUCAUCACCAAUGAAGGAGAAGAACACGUCAUAGGACCUGAACCUUCACCUGAGGCCGGGAGGAAAGAGCGCCAAGAGUUUCAGGAUGUUCCCCUGGAUGGGAACGGGGCAGGAGUCAAAGUCCCGGGACAGGAAGGGGAUCGUUCCGCUAACAAACGCAAAACUUGCCAGUGUUGCUCCGUCAUGUAAAGGCUCCUGAUACACCAACCAGCCCGACGGCCGACCGUCGGACUGAUCAGUCCGCCCUAGUUGGUCCAAA